UCGCGUCUACAGUCAACUACCUCAGCCACUUUUGACUGAUUGCGAUGUGAGAGUCGCACACGAAGAAAACGUCUCAUCGUGACGUCAAAUGGAUGUGUGAAUUACUUCCUCGCAUUUAUUAGUGUGUGGCGGAGGCGAGACGCCGAGCUUGCAUCACUUCUGACCAGCUGUGCACUCAAAUGAGAGAGAGAGAGAGAGAGAGAGAGAGAGAGAGAGAGAGAGAGAGAGAGGGAGAGAGAGAGAGAGAGAGAGAAUUGAGCAGCGUUCCAUUUCCCAAGUUUACGGACGUUCAGCAUAUUUCAACUCAGUGUGUAGUUUUGUGUGCGUGUGUGUUUUCUCCUCAAAGGGAAAAGAGCGGCUGCUGACAGAGACCACUUGUACGCAAACUGUGCCAGGAAACGGCGAGUCUUUGGGGGGUUUCUGGAACGGACCAGACCGGCAUAUCAAUUAGCGACCAAGAGAGAGACUGGCUGGCUGAAACCUUCGAGAUAAGCCACAAGGAAGACACAUAGAGAGAAAUAGAGUGAUGGCUGAUUGGAGGGCAGGAGUAUAAAAAUCUCUGUUUUGUCUCGUCGAUCCACGUGUGCGCGCGGCCCCAAAAAGAAAGAAAGAAAAAAAAAAAGACGCAGGAGCUCCUUUCGCACUUGCCGAUUUUGCGCUGCGUCUAUGCGAGGGACGCAUUGGAGGAAGCGGUGAACGGUGGGAUUAGACACUGCUUCUCCCGAGCUGAGGACUUGAUUCGUUUCAACAAUGAACAGUCGCUUCUUGGUUCUGGUUGUUUGUUCUGCGGUAUUUUUCGCCGGGCUGCAGUGCACCUCCCCAUCGGCGACAGACGCCACCGCCGCCGUCUCCGGUAAUACCAGCGGUAGCGGCAGCGGGGAAAUUGGGGGUAAAAGAGACUUCAAUCAAACGAUAAACUCCCGCUUGAAGAGGAAAACACUGGCUGUGGAUUUUGCCGUUCCCUCUUUGCUGCGCUUUUACCUGGCGGAGUUUGUUAAGAGACCCCUAAAUGGAGACUGCCAGACUUUUAGAGGAUGUUACACAGUGAGUGCAAACUUAAAAAUGCACUGCAUACCGUUACAGAAAACCAUAUCUACCCUUGUCGAUCAAAGGUCUCCAGCAUCCGCAAGAAGUAACACGUCUGUUGACGGCCAGCUUCCUUUCUUUUCCAAGCGGCCGCUGUCCAAAGUUCUGAAAUUAGGUCUGACCAAAGCCAGUCGCAAAUCUAAUCAAGUGGUGGUGGAAAUAGGAGAGGAUAUCAUCAGGACGGGAUGCGGGGGGUUGUCUGUGUACGAGGAGGCACCCGCGCUCACCCUGGAAAUGGACCUCACAACUAUUCUGGAGUGGUGGCUUGGCGCGGACGGAGGCCGACUGAGAGUUCGGCUCAUGCCCGAGAAAAAGGCACAGGUGCCUGGGAUCGAGGACCGCUACACUGCGGCCAUACGAGCAGCGGACCCCCGCCUCUUUCUACAGAUUCUCUCCCAGGGUGAGUCAUUGGCUGGUAGGACUGGCAUUCCUCAAGGGUACUGGAGCUUUUCCUGGGUAGCUGAGGAUGAGCUGAGCUUUCCAAACAACUGGAAGCCCGUGUCAGAUCCUCUGUGCGACAGAAGCAAAACAUGUGACCAGAGUGGAGGUGGUGACCCCGAGUUUACGUGGAACAUUGUGGCGACAGGGGACACAUGGACAGAGCACCACCAAAAGACCGAAAAGAGAGCGAGAAGUCCCCAAGGAUGGGAGGAAGGUAAGAGCGAAGGUCAGUUUUUUUGGGUGAAUGGUUCCUCCUAUGGUGGUCCCUGGGUGCUGAGUCCUUGGCUGAGGAGUGGCCCAACUUCCUGCAGCAUCGACAUGGCCUUGUACCUGAACCCCAAGCAAAGUGGGCAAUACACGAUAUGGCUCAUUGAGCGGGACAAGCCACAACUUGCUCUCUUCUCAACUGACACAUUACCUCCUAUGACAGGCUGGGCCAUGGCUCACCUCACCCUGGGCACCCACGGGGGCUCACCUUUCCGGAUCUCAGCAAGCUAUGACCAGGGAACGCUUGAUGACACGGCCAUGAUUGAGCCCAACUUCACCACCAACUGCACCAUGGCUUUCUCAGCGGGCCCUGUCAUCACUCUUGAGGGCCAGUACCACUGUCACGAUGGACCUGCGAUCACACUGGACAAAUUAUGUGACUUCAGAACAGACUGUCCGCUUGGGGAUGACGAGGGCGAGCAAUGUCGCCGUUUCCUCAAUGGCAGCUACUGCUCUUUUGAAGAAGACGAGUGCAGUUGGCAGUCCAUGAUGGGUGUCCCCUUGAGAAGACUCCAGUAUUCAGCCAAGGCCACUAGAAAGAACUGCCCAUCCUCAGGUGCAACACUCAGUUUGGAGGGGAACCAGUUCAAAGGCCGGCAUCGCUCAGCACUACUGAGGAGUCCUCUCUUUCCACCUCCUCUAAGAAACUCUCCAUGCACGGUACGUUUCUGGAUUUGUUCUGGAGAUGUACAGAAAGGGACGCUGUCUUUGUGGAUAGCAGAGAACAGCACGGGCCUCAAAGACCAGCGCCAAUUGUGGCACUCAGCCAGCGAACCAGCAUCUGAAAAAGGCUGGAAAUUCAUCACAGUUCCACUUUAUGGACUGGCUGACUGGUUCUGGCUUCUUUUUGGAUCAGAAGAUGGAACUGGAACUGGGCCUGGGUCCAUUAUCUCACUUGACAACAUCUCUUUCAGCAUGAACUGCUUCCUGGCUUCAAAUGGAGAAUUUCCACCUGUGGCCGGUAGCACAACCAGGUUGCCCAUUGGACCACCAAUCACUCCCACAUCUCCAUCCGUCGGGAUUCCUCUGAUGAACUACCCUACGAGAGAUUACUCCAAAAAAUGGAUUUUUAACACCUGUGGUGCUGGUGGCCCAGAAGGUCCAACUCCCUCCCAGUGCUUCAAUUCUUAUAGGAGCAGCAAAAUCAAUGUGACGGUGGGCACCCGGGGGCCCUUCAAAGGCAUUCAGAUGUGGCAGGUCCCUGAAACGGGCACAUACAGGAUCACAGCCUCUGGUGCAGCAGGCGGCCGAAGCGUUAUGGCCGUUAGUAGAUCGCAUGGCAUCUACAUCGCUGGGGACUUUCUGCUGAGGAAAGGAGAGCUCCUUUACAUCCUGGUUGGUCAAAAAGGAGAGGAUGCAUGUCCCAAUUCCAACGCCUUGCUGAAUAAGAUCUGCUUGGAACAGACCGCUCCGUUGCUGAAUAAGACUCAAGUGAGGGGUGGAGGAGGAGGAGGCGGUGGGGCUACCUAUGUGUUCAAGGUGCGCAGUGGGUUUCACAUCCCUCUCAUCAUCGCUGGUGGGGGAGGGGGCCGAGGCUACAGCAGCCAAUCAGAGAGCCAGCUAGAACAGAUGGACUAUGACCUCAGCCAACCAGGUCGCAAUGGGAAGUCAAAUGCUGCUGGUGGGGGUGGAGGAUGGAAUGCCAGUGCUCCUGUCAGUCAGGGCGGCAGACCUCUGCUGUUGGGGGGACAAGGAGGACAGGCCUGUCAAAAGUUCUGGCAGACACGAGGUGGCUUUGGGGGUGGUGGAGGUGGCUGUAUUGCCGGAGGUGGUGGUGGAGGCUACAGAGGUGGUAACACAUCAUUAAAUGACAAUCCUAAACACGAUGGUGAUGAUGGCACAUCCCUCUUUGGUCCAACUGGAGAUCCCUACCUCUUCCCUCUGAAAGCAAUGGAGAGCGAUGGAGAAGUGAUCAUCAGUCCAGUAUGGAACUGCAGUUAUUGCGAGAGCGGCGAAUGUCACGAGGUAAGCGGCAAAAUUGUCUGCUCCUGUGACGAUGACCUCAUGCUGGCACCCGACGGCACGUCCUGCAUUAACUCUACAGAGGUGUCCCUGCUGCCUCCCCAGCCAUCUCUCUCCCACCUGGCGCUCGGUCUGUCCGUUGGGACUUCGGCCCUCAUCGCUGCACUACUGCUGGCCGUGUCUGGCGUCAUGAUAAUGUACAGACGUAAACACACAGAGCUGCAAUCAAUUCAGCUGGAGCUACAGAGUCCAGACUGCAAGCUCAGUAAACUGCAGGCAUCGACCAUCAUGACCGACUAUAAUCCAAACUACUGCUUUGCUGGCAAGACGGCGUCAGUCAACGACCUGAAGGAAGUGCCACGACGCAACAUCUCCCUCGCCAGGGGUCUUGGUCAUGGUGCUUUUGGUGAAGUGUAUGAGGGGUUGGCAGUGGGAAUACCUGGCGAACCGAGUCCACUUCACGUGGCAGUUAAGACUCUCCCUGAGGUUUGCUCAGAACAAGAUGAACUGGACUUCCUUAUGGAGGCUCUAAUCAUCAGUAAGUUCAGCCACCAGAACAUUGUGCGGUGUGUAGGGGUCAGUCUGCAGGCAAUGCCUAGGUUCAUACUACUGGAGUUGAUGACUGGUGGAGACCUCAAGACCUUCCUCAGGGAGAUGAGACCUCGAGUGGAGCAACCGUCCAGCCUGACCAUGGUUGACCUUCUCAAUGUAGCGCGAGACAUCGCCAAAGGCUGCCAGUAUCUGGAGGAGAACCAAUUCAUCCAUAGGGACAUUGCGGCUCGUAAUUGCCUGCUGACGUGCAAAGGACCAGGUCGCGUGGCCAAGAUUGGAGAUUUUGGGAUGGCUCGAGAUAUUUACAGAGCAAGUUAUUACAGGAAAGGUGGUCGUGCCAUGCUCCCAGUCAAGUGGAUGCCACCUGAAGCCUUCAUGGAGGGCAUCUUCACAUCAAAAACUGAUACAUGGUCAUUUGGGGUUCUUCUCUGGGAGAUCUUCUCACUGGGGUACAUGCCUUAUCCGAGUCGGAGUAACCAAGAAGUUUUGGACUUUGUAACCAACGGUGGGAGAAUGGACCCACCCAAAAACUGCCCUGGGCCUGUGUACCGUAUAAUGACUCAAAGUUGGCAGCACCAACCUGAGGACAGACCCAACUUCUCAACUAUCCUGGAGAGAAUUGACUACUGCGUGCAGGACCCGGAUGUGGUGACCGUGCCCUUGCCUAUUGAAUAUGGGCCAGUCCAGGAGGAAGAGGAGUGUGGACCCAGGCGCACUGAUGAUCCCUCGGGCGCCGCUGUGCUGGUGAAUGCUCAAGUGCCUGAUGGGGAAUUUCCACAGCCACAUCCGCGCUACCGCUCAGAGGAGAGCCAUAGAGGAGCCGAACACGCAUCCGCGACGAACAUGGCGUCCGAGGCCCAAGCGUACCUCCAUCAGCAUCAGCAACCUCACCCACAGACCUCCGUGACGACGGCUGCCACGGUCACCUCCGCAGCAACCUCCGCACUCACUGCCAAGGGGUCCACCCAGCCAGGCCCAGAGGGGGGCCACAUCAACCUGGCCUUCAACCAGGGUCACCCAGGAGAGAAGGAGAGCCACAGUGGGAAGAGCAGCAGUCUUUGGAACCCUACGUACGGCUCGUGGUUCCUGCAGCAGCUACAGAGGAAGCAGCAGCAGCGGCAAGGGGGCGUGGGUGGGGUUUUGGGUGUGGGCGGCACCAGUGCCAGGGUGCCCGGCGAAGGACAGGAGCACGUGGGACGGACUGUGGCUGAAGUGGCUGGUUCAUUGGGUCUCCAGCAUAAGUUUCAACAUCAGCACCAAUUUCAGAUGCUGCACCAUCAACAGCAGCAGCAGCCGCCGCCGCAGGGUCUUUGCAGACCCCUGUUAGCACCUCCACCACCAGCCAACCAGUCCCAGCUCCUUUUAGAUUCAGGUCCCCUGUACAGACUGAGACGUUUCCCCUGCGGGAGUAUCGGUUACGGCUACCAGGAGCAAGGCGUGUCGCUGGAGGCGAGUCCUCCUCCGCUCCUUCCCUCCCAACAGAGCGCAUCAGCAGCCCACCAGCGGACCCCUACAUCGGUCUCCCUGGGUCGGCCCGGAUUAUCGGAGGACAGCCGACCGCUCUUAGUCACCAUGGGGACGGUGCAGGACACCCGGCUGCCCAGAAUGGAGGGUCACAACGCCACUGUGCUUUAGCCGACAUGCCUGUGCAGCUUCAUUCACUCCCCGACACUACACAACAGCAAAAGUUGUGUCAGCAAGUCUUACCGUCCUUUGGUUUCUCCCUCCGAUUUGGAAAUAACUUUUUAAGCAUAAGCAAGAGCUCAGUCCAUUAAGCUUUUAUUAUAAGAAACCCAGUGGGUGUGGAAUCCCCAAUUGAACUUGAAAGCACAUCAGAAAACACUGGAGGGCAAAUUGAAUUCAAAAGCUAGUUUUGGAGUCCAGAAAAUGUAUUUUUUCAUCGCAAAAUAGGCAUGACUGAGACCUCACAGAAUGGGAUUUAUAGCAAAUAUUAAAUGUAAAGUUUUUCUGCAUCAGGAACUGGUGGCCACCGGAAUGGACGAUUACGCUGAUUUAAACCUCUCCAGUACGCCGACUGCAGACUUUGAUUCACAAACUCGAGUGACGGAGGAGACCAAUUUCAAAGUUGCUCCUGCCGGCCACAUGUUUCAUUUCUAUUGCAGGACCCUAAAAUUGCCCCCAUUCUUCACACAGGAAAAAAAAAUAAAAGCUUGGCAGUCGACUUCUAAUUUUUGAGAAUCAUGUUGGAUUUACCAAGAUAUUUGUACUAAAGCGAAAAAAACAAAUGUGUUUGUUGUUUUGCUUGCUUGCUUAUUUAUUCAUUUGUUUAUUAUUUGGAUGUGGCUCUUUUCAAAUAGCAAUGAACAGCCUCAUAAUACAAGCAAAAUCCCCGUUGCCCAAGUUGAGUCUCACGUCGUGUUUGAAACUGGUUGAAAGCAUUAACAACAAAAAGCAAGUUAAGAAAAAGCGAGAGAAAACAAGAAUCCCUCGACAACUAUAAACUUGACAAAGUUGAACAAACAAAACUCACAGAGGAAUGUUUGGUAUACUUCACGGUUGCCCCAUAAACCAAGAUGAUGCAGGUGAUUCACCGUUUCUUAAUCUUGUUGCUGAACUUGAAAGAAGUCAGCCCCGCUGGUGUAAAAGCCCAUCGCAAACUCACAUGCUGUGUUCAUGACUUCAUUGUGUUGAAGGCCGAGGUCUUCUUUCUUUUGUGGCUUUUUACAACAACAAAAAAAAGACAAAGAACCUAUUUAUGUUUUUGCGUGUCGUUAUACGAACAGAGUGGAUAUUGCUGACUCAGUGCUCACCUUCAAAUGUGCAAUCUCAAAAGAACUCUGACAUUUACAAAUUGUAACUUUUUUGGGUGGGGGUUGCUAUUACUGGAACGAAUGUUGUGGAAUACAAAUGAGUAUGAAUCUACAUUUGCUCCUUUUAUUAAACGCUGGUUAACAUUUUGAGUUUCCUGUUCCAUUUCAAGUCUGACAGAAAGAGCCAUGAGCAGUUGAUUUCAGUGACUCGUGUUUGUCACUUCUUCCAUACGUCAUUUGAUUGUAUUUGGCAAGCGUGUCCCCGUCCAUCUGUUGUCAAGCAACGAGCCGCUGUCGCAUGUCAAGGAGCAAUUAAUACGUAUGUUGACUAUGCCUUCUCUCCACGGUGUGAUCCCUUGUUGGCCAUCUGUCAUUCUUUAAUGUACAAAGAUCUAAUGAACCACAUCUGUAAAUGAUGUAAUUAAAGAAUAUUGUACUAUGGCUCUGGUAAAUGCUGUAUAUUGCCCUUGGGAAGACAGUCACCAAAAAGAAUAAAUUACUAUCUACUAA